CUGGUCUCUCUGACUCUCCCUCUUCCUCCUCCUGCCCUCCUGCCCUCCGUGCUUCCAUUGCGGAGCUCGCACGGCGGAGUCUCCGACGGCCCCGGUUCAUUUACGUGACAAGAAUCUAUCUCCAUUGAUUGUUUUGUCGCUAUCGCCGCCCAAUUUCUUGAUUGUUAAUUGUUUCUGUGACAAUUCGUGAGAUUUUGGGCCUGCGAGUCUCGCCGCCUAUCUACGCAUCUCCGGCUUGUCUCCCCGGUUUGCUCCUGCAGUGGCCACUCUUGAGUUGUCGUUGCUUAUCGCUCCCAUCCGGGUUAUCUUUCGACCUGUCCAUUCAAACCCCCUCUGAAUGGCUGCCGUUAUCACUCUCCAGUCGUCCUCGACGACGGGGCCAACAGCCCCCUCUGCAGCUGCCUUUCAACAGUCGCCUGCCUCUGACCACCACCACCAACUCCUUCGACCCCGGGUCCAGCAGCAAUCCCAACCCCAGCCAUCACACGCACCUCAACCCGGUUCGAUAUCCACGCCACAGUCGCCGGCCUCAUCCAUUGGCACCCUUUCCCGUGUGACUGCGUCAGGCCGGGAUGCGCCCAGUUGCGACGCCUGUGUGCGCAGAAAGAGCCGCUGUGCUAUUAACGAAAUGAUCAAUAAAUGUUAUUCGUGCGACUUCCACCGCCAGGACUGCACCUUCACCUUGUCCGUGACGAGUCGCCCCGGCACGGCGGAUGUCCCGUCGAAAAAACGUAAAUUGGACGACGCCGAUGCCGAAGAAGUGGAAUCUCCCAAGAGGCAAUCUACUACUCUUCCCCCAGCCUCCAACAAACCAGACAGCUCCUCCCGCCCUGCAUUGAACAACCACCACAUCCUCACGCCGGCCUUUUGGUUCCAAUCCACUCAACAUAUCGGCCUCACCACCGAACUCGAGCCCGCCCUUCUCGAAUUCUUGCCCCUGGAUCAGAACAACGAAGGGUGCGUGGCCUCGUCUCGCGUGCGCAAGUUCGGUGACGACGGCACCUUCAUGCGGGUGGUCAACAACCGUUCUCACGCGGACUCCCCGCAAACCGCUACGCUCGAUGCCAUUGAAAGCCUGGUCGCCCCUUAUGGCUCCACCUUGGUGGAGAAGUUCUUCGAGCAUGUCCAUCCAAGCUUUCCCAUCCUCAUGGAGGAUAGCUUCCGCCAGUCCUACCGGGCACGGACCGGGCUGACGCCGUUGCUAUUGUCCGCCGUCUAUGUGUUGGCGUUGAAGUUCGUUGACGUUGGCCCGGCCUCGCAGUCCGUCCGACGCCCGGAUGCCGGCCGCCUGGAGAGCACUGCCCUCAAGCUGCUGACCGAGUCGCUGCCCUAUGCGUCGAUGUCGACGGUGCAAGCCGGCCUGCUGCUCAUGCAGCGGUCCAACCUCGCCACGGCGGCCUUGAACGCACAAUUGGUGACCGCCGGGUUCGAGCUGGGCCUGCAUCAAGACUGCUCUAGUUGGCGGAUGGAAACGUGGGAGAAGGGUCUCCGGAAACGCUUGGCAUGGGCACUAUAUAUGCAGGACAAAUGGUCCGCUUUGGUGCAUGGUCGUCCGUCCCAUAUCGUGUCGUCCAAUUGGAUGGUCCAGGACCUGGUGGAACAGGAUUUCACUGAUGCCUUCUCGGGCACAUCCGCCCACGAUGAUGCGCCCGUCGGCCAUGGGCCAUUGUCCUUCUGCCACAUGGUGGCUCUGACGACGAUAUUGUCCGAUAUUCUGGAUCGAUUCUAUACUCUCCAGGCGAUCGAAGAAUUUAGGACGGCCGGAAACAACCGUACCCGCAUGAUUUUGGAGCGCGCCAAGCCGGCUCAGAUCCGACUGAAGGAGUGGUUUGGUCGCCUACCCACUCAGCUGAAGAUGGACUCGGGCGGGGAUAUCUUCGAGACGGUCAACGAAGACAAUUCACGCAAUGGUGCUUUGCACCUGUCCUAUUUUGCCACAGAGAUCACUCUCCACCGCUGUAUUGUGCGGUCCCUCUCCCAGGACACCGCCGACGCCUACCUCUCCCAUAUCUGUCGGUCUGCCGCCAAGACUCGUCUGAUUUCCGCCAUGGACUUUGUCAACCGUCUUCGUCCGAUGCAUCUGAGAUCAUUCUGGCCGGCCGCCGCACGGACGAACUUUGCCCUCAUCGGAUCCUUUGGCGUCCUGCUUCGCGUCACUGCUCCCACCAAGGAAGAGUCGGAGUUCUACCGUCUUCGACUGUGCGAAUACCGGUGGACGCUGAGUGUGAGCAAGAAGGACGCCGAGUUCCUCGAAUUCGCACUGGAGAGUCUCGACAGCGCGACCAACCUCGAUCACUACGUCCCGGAGAAACCCGGUAUUGACGAGCUCAUGACCAGUGCCGCCAAACCCACCAUUAAUGCGUCCCGCUCGGGCGCGAACGCCCAGCUGGAGGACUCGAUGGUCGAGCUGGAACAAACAGGCGAGAGCGGACGCGGGGGCACCUCCUCCGUUAUCUCGGGUUUAGCAUCUCCUGCAACCUCGAUCAGCGACGACAGUGUACAAGACGCUUCCAUUCCCCCGCUAUAGUCUCUAUACCCGCUUCCUCAAAACACCCCAACCAAUAUACGGUUGACACGACACGCGUCCUUACGUUCGACACAAACAAC